AUGGAUAGUAAUUUAUGGCUGAAAGAAGGAAGAUUGGUCCACGAGGAAGGGCUGUUCGUGCUCCUCGCCGUUGCCAUUUCGGCAGUGCACUGCCAGUACGGAGGCUACCACCAGCAGCAAGCUCACGAGUACAAGGAAGGAGGACACGACGAAUACGCCGAGCCUCACUACAAGUUCGAGUACUCCGUCCACGACCCUCACACCGGAGACAUCAAGAGCCAGAAGGAGGAGAGGUACGGGGACAAGACCCAGGGAGUCUACUCCUUGGUGGAGCCCGACGGCUCCCAGAGGGAGGUACAAUACUCGGUCGAAGGCAAGUCCGGCUUCUUGGCCCAGGUACACAAGGAGCCCGGCAAGUACAAGCCUGCUCCUGAGCCAAGCUACUACAAGCCACAACCCAGCUACCACCAACCACAACCUGCCUACCACCAACCACAACCUGCCUACCAUCAACCACAACCUGCCUACCAUCAACCACAACCUGCCUACCAUCAACCACAGCCCUCAUACCAACAACCUUCCUACUACCACUAGGUAUUAACUGCUUUGUGAUAAUUACUUAAUAAGGCGAUACCAG